AAUGGGAAGUGUUAAUGUUUGCUGACUUAUAUAACUGUGAAUGUAAAGCACUUGGAAGAGGAACUUAUCAUCUGAUAUAAAUCAUGACGUUAAACAGAGCUUCAGAUACUUCAAGAGAAACAAAGAAGAACUGAAUGUACAGAUACCAGAGAAGAUGAUUGAAUACGAGAGAAGAAUGAAGAUGAUGUUGACUUUCACACUGCUGAUGAUUCCUGGAGCUCUGAGCUUCAGUGUGACGGGAUAUACAGGAGGAGCAGUCACCAUCACAUGUCCAUAUGACAGAGGAUAUACAAGAAAUGAGAAAUAUUUUUGUAAAGGUCAGAAGCCAGUUAUACCAAGGCCUGGAUGGUGUUCUGACGUCAUCAGGACUGAUGUUAAAGAUGAAUGGGUUGAGAGUGAAAGAUUCUCUCUGUAUGAUGACACAACAGCAUCAGUCUUCAAUGUCACCAUCACUGAUCUGAAUGAACAUGAUUCAGACACAUACCAGUGUGCAGUUGAUAUAGAUUACAGGAAGGAUAUCUACACCGAAGUGAAGCUGACUGUUAGAGAAGAGCAAAGCUUUGAAGAAAACACACAUCCAUCAACACCACCACCAUCUUCAACAAUUGAAACUUUAUCUACUACACUAAACACCCGGCCAUCAGCGUCUGAUUCUCCAUCUGCUUCUUCUGAUAUCUUGAGCCACUCGUCUGUGAUCGUCAUCAUCAUCAUUGUGUGUGUGCUUGUGCUUCUGAUCUUCACUGGACUGCUGUUAUUCAUUCUGCUUUACUGCAGGAGAUGUUCAGCUCAAGAUGCUGAUUCAGACGGUAAAAUGUCUCAUUCAGGACCAGGAAUCUAUGAAUCGGUUACUGAAAUCACUCUUGGUUACGAGGAGAUUAAAGACAUCAGACGUCUGACAGGAACCAUCACAGACUGCAAUACUACACCAUUACCCACAAUCCCCUCUGAUGCCCCGCACACUGUUUACCAUACGGUUCAAUUACCCACAAUCCCCUGUGAUACUCUGAACAUUUUUUAUGCUACUCCCCAAUUUCCCACAAAUGGCUCUGAUGCUUGUAAAACUGUUUAUGAUACUGUACAAUUACCCACAAUCCUCUCUGAUGCUCCUAACACUGUCUAUGCUACUGUUCAAUAGCGCACAGGUCGUGUCCAGAAAUACAGAGAGGACUGUCUAUUUGAGUCAGAAAAUGAACACAACAAACAUAUUCUAGUAAUUCUAUUGGCUCUCCUGUAGUCACGUGUCUCCUGUAGUCACAUUCACUUCACUGCAGUCACCACUAGAGGACACCACUGAGCUUCAACAUAGUUUCCUUGUUUUUUUGGCUGCUGUUUUCUGUUCAGAUGACUUUGUCAAUGAUUCUGUAAAUUGUUUUUUAUUCUUUUUGGUGCACUUUAUUUUUUAGCUUUAGAAUUAACUGUGAUUUAUCCUAAUUGUUUCUUUCUCUUUAUGUUAAACUAUAUGAAAAGUUAUUUAGAUAACGUUUGUGCCAAAAUCUAAUUAUACAGAUGCAUUCAUAGAUGUACACGCCUGGCCCAAAGUCAACUUCUGGUCUGUGUUUGCUCAUCGGUCUGACUAGUGGCUAGUUUAACAAUUUACAUGAUAUUUAAUUGAUAUUAAUAUAUUUAUAUGAAUAUUUUAUUGUAUAUUAAUCUACAAUUUGUUGAAUUUUUA